AUGGCAGAUAACGUCUUUGGCGAACCCAUCACAAACGCAACUUUGGAGGGCAUGCGAGAGUAUGCAGAUAGGCGGGGGCAAAUUGAAAGAAUCGACAGGGCACGCGUGGCCAUGAAUAUGAAAAACGUGGCCGGGAAGGACGUUAAAGCGCGAACACGUGUGGAAAAAUUGAAGGCAGAAUCCGGUGCCGGAAUCGCCACUCUCUGCCUUGUUUACAAUGCGACGGGAAGCACUCUAGAAUAUUGGGCUGCGUUUCUGCACGUCAGAGACCCCAAAAUUCAAUGGGGCUCUUCUGCCGCUGUAGUGUAUCGCGGAAAGAACGCUGGUGGUAUCAAUUGCGACUGGAUGCUGAGUUGGGCCAACCCGAAGGACAGGGUUACAUGGGACAACAGGGUCUACACGGAGGUUCGCAAAACUAACCACUUUAACAAUGAAGCAACUUGGGGCGAAGUCAACAAGCGCUUGUGUGCUACUCGGUCUCAGUUCUACCAUAAGGACACAUGGAACGGAUGUGUUUCAAUGAUCUCAACUGGCAGCGGCAUUUUCCCAAUUGUUGAAGGAAUACUCACUUUAGAAAAUGUCUGA